AUGGCUCUGCAGUCGAGGGGGACGCAAGAUGCAAGGUGCGACAGGCGAGCCGGGGGUGGCAGGUUGUUCGCCAGAGGUCAAGGUGGUGGUGGUGGUGGUGGUGUUCAAGAUGGCCGAGCGGGAGCCACCUCAGCCGAACCAGACAGAGACACAGACGAGAGCCAGAUCGGAAGGGAGGGGGCCCUGUGGAGCCCGUACAAUAUCCUUGCCAAGCCUUCCGUCAAGCCGCCUUCUGGGGCGGAUGAGGGGCUUCCACCCCCUGGAGCCCUGGCGGCCUUGGAACCCUCUGUGCUGAAGGCUAGCGCCAGUUCGCCGGUUACUCUGGUGGCGCGACGCCCUGACGUAUCCCACGUAUCAUGCCAGUCAUGCCAGUACUGCCACACAGACACUGUCAUGUGCACUUCCCGCCGUCUGCCUGCUCUCCUUGUCAGCGGUGGCAGGCCAGGACGAGGCGAGAAGCAAUGCAAUAACCAAUUCCGCCUCCCGCGUAUCGCUUACGCUGAGCCUGACGGUGGUCGGCCCAGCGCCGUUCCCAUGUCGAUGCUCGACGGCGUGGGCCUUGCUUGGGGGCACCUAGGUGCCUUGAGUAAGGCACAAUGGAGAACCCUAUCCCUGACACGUCCGUAUGGGAUCUCGAUGGACUUUUGUCGGGAAAAGACUUGUUCAGCGCGGAUCAGUGAUGGGAGCCCACCACCUCCUCUGGUGGCACCGGAAACCCAAGAGAUCCAGACUGCUGGGUACAGUACACGACCAAGACAACGGACAGCUCGGAGAGGAUCAGGGCCAAGAGACGGUCUGUCCGAGCAUCCGUAA